AUGGAACCAAAGUGGAAGGAAGCCCUUUUAUACGUGGUUAUGGCCAGCUACCUCUGUGUAGAAUACACUGGCAUUUUCAACAGUGUCUUUAUAGAAGUGGGCUAUGAACACUAUGCUAAAGCACUAGUGGCCAGCCUGUCGACCUUCCUAGCCAUGCCCUUCAGCUCAAUCAUUAACAUAGCUUAUGUGCUCCUGGGACUGCAGAGAGCUCAUUACCUGAAGGAUGUCUUUGCCAGCAUGGUCCUGAUCUAUGGCCCUGUUCAGAGGCUGUGGGUCUGGACCCAAAUGUACCCCACUAUCAUGCUUGCCCUCACUUUGCCCAUUUUUGCAUGGCUAAUGGUGUUGUUAUUUUCCCUAUACAGAGGUUGGAUGCCCUGGUUGUUGCUCUGUUUUGAAUGUCAGUCCUUGUCAAGUUACAACCUUGUCCUUUGUCUAUAGGGGUUUGAGAUGGCAUUGGGUGCUCAUGUGGUAGCAGCUGUUGGAGAGGCCCUUUGCCCCCAUAGGCAGUUUAGUAGUAUCUCCAUAGCCACCUACUUACCUCUGGGCCUGCUGUCAUGCCUAGCUUUUGUGGUCCUCAAACUGUGUGACCAUCAGCUUUUAUAAUGGCAUCUGUUCCUGCGCCUCACAGGCCACUUCUGGUCUAAGGUCUAUGAUGUUCUCUAGUUCCACUUUGCAUUUUUGUUUCUGACAAAUACAAACACUUGCCCAUGA